UCAGAGCCGAGCGAGCGCUGGCAGUUCCGCGGCGGGGAUGCUGAGGAGCGCAGAGUCCGCGAGCAGCCCUGGCCAUUGCGGACUUCCGAGGCGCCCCGGGCCGUGAAAACCCCCGCGCUGCGACCAGUCGUCGGAGCCCGAAGCCAUUUACCGUUCCAGAAACCGGGCUGGAGGAGAAUCCAGUGCAGCAGCGGCCGUUCUCGGAUUCUGGGCUUUCGGAGCGUUCUGGAGCCCCGAGAGGCACCUCAGGGUUCUAGAACCUCCCGUGCUGCCCGGGGUCCCGGCUUCCUACGUGCGUCCGACCAAACUCCCGCUCCGGUGCACCGGUCGUCUGCGAGCAGAGGCUCGAUCUUGGCGCAUACCAUGAUCGUUGCGGACUCCGAGCGCCGCGCGGAGCUCAAGGGCUACCUGCCGUUCACCCGGGGCGGCGGCGGCGCUGGAGCCGGAGAGGAACAGAGGGAGAGACCGUCUUGGAGAGGCCAUCGAGGGCCCAGCGCCUUCAUCCCAAUGGAGGAGAUUCUUCAGGAGGGGUCUGAGAGCCUGGAGCAGCACCUGGGGCUGGAGGUGCUGAUGUCUUCAGGGCGGGUGGACAACCUGGCAGUGGUGAUGGGUCUGCACCCUGAUUACCUUAGCAGCUUCUGGCGCCUGCACUACCUGCUGCUGCACACGGAUGGGCCCCUGGCCAGCUCCUGGCGCCACUACAUUGCCAUCAUGGCUGCUGCCCGCCACCAGUGCUCCUACCUGGUGGGCUCCCACAUGGCUGAGUUUCUGCAGACUGGUGGUGACCCCGAGUGGCUGCUGGGUCUCCACCGUGCACCCAAAAAGCUACGCAAACUCAGCGAGAUCAACAAGUUGCUGGCGCAUCGGCCAUGGCUCAUCACCAAGGAUCAUAUCCAGGCCCUGCUGAAGACGGGUGAGCACAGCUGGUCCCUGGCGGAGCUCAUUCAAGCCCUGGUCCUGCUCACUCACUGCCACUCCCUGGCCUCCUUUGUAUUUGGCUGUGGCAUCCUUCCCGAUGGGGACCCAGAGGGCAGCCCUGCCCCCCAGGCACCUUCGCCCCCCAGUGAGCAGAGCAGCCCCCCGAGCAGGGACCCACUCAACAACUCUGGGGGCUUUGAGGCCGCACGUGACGUGGAGGCUCUGAUGGAACGCAUGAGGCAGCUUCAGGAGAGCCUGCUGCGGGACGAGGGGGCGUCCCAGGAGGAGAUGGAGAGCCGCUUUGAGCUGGAGAAGUCAGAGAGUCUGCUGGUGACCCCCUCAGCUGACAUCCUGGAGCUCUCACCACGCCCAGACAUGCUGUGCUUUGUGGAAGACCCCACUUUUGGAUAUGAAGACUUCACCCGGCGAGGGGCUGAGGCACCCCCCACCUUCCGUGCCCAGGAUUACACCUGGGAAGACCAUGGCUACUCGCUGAUCCAGCGGCUCUACCCCGAGGGUGGACAGCUGCUGGAUGAGAAGUUCCAGGCAGCCUACAGUCUCACCUACAACACCAUGGCCAUGCACAGCGGUGUGGACACCUCCAUGCUCCGCAGGGCCAUCUGGAACUACAUCCACUGCGUCUUUGGCAUCAGAUAUGACGACUAUGACUAUGGGGAGGUGAACCAGCUCCUGGAGCGGAACCUCAAGGUCUAUAUCAAGACAGUAGCCUGCUACCCAGAGAAGACCACUCGGAGGAUGUACAAGCUUUUCUGGAGGCAUUUCCGCCACUCAGAGAAGGUCCACGUGAACUUGCUGCUCCUGGAGGCCCGAAUGCAAGCUGCCCUGCUCUACGCCCUUCGCGCCAUCACCCGCUACAUGACCUGACUCCUGCACAGGAUCUGGGCCAGGAGCAGCUGACCCUGCAAGGACUUCUCUGUCUGGAGACAGACCCAGACCCUUUUCCUGUCCCACGCCCACCCACCCCACUCUGGGGGUGGGCUUGUGUGUGACCUGCAGCCCCAAGCUACACCCUCCUUUUUCUCACUGGAAUGGACAGGAUCAUUGCACUGACUCUGGGAUCCCAGCACUGCCCCUGGGAGCUGGACGAGGACUAGGAGACCCCGGGGGCUAUGCCCUUUUUCCUGCCCCUGCCCCCAGAGGCAGAGGGCACAGGAAGGAAAAUGGGCCCAGCAUGGUCAUGUCUACCAGCAGGCUGGGCCUCAGGCACCACGAGUGCUGUGACCUCCCUGGACUGGGAAGUCCCUGGCUGGCCCUGAGAGAGGGGCAUACAUCUCCAGGGAUUGACACUCCAGGCAGCUCUGCCCUCCCUACCCCGCAUCCCCAGAUUUCAUUACCUCCUACCUGCAAUUCACCCAUCAAUGUGAAAGUCAGGGUCCCAGCUGGUCUGUGUGCCUACUCCCCAUCAUCGUGCUCUGUUGGGCAGUCAGAAGGCCCCUUGUUCCCCAGUUGCCCCAAUCCUAGUGUAGUUCUUUUGACCUUCUCCCUCUCCACCCUUUUUUUCCCCUGUCUGAUGGUGUGGGACCCCAGGAGAGAGACCAAGCACAUCAAAAAAAUACAUGUUUAGAGACUUUGGGCCUCUGUUGGUCACAUUGCCUUCUGAAGAAGAGGGAGUAUUAGGUUAUAAAUUCUCUGCUUUUUGGUUCUUUUUGGUUGUGGGUCAAACCUCCUCGGGGCUCCUUCCCUGGAGCCACAGUCAGGGGAGGGGGAAAAAUCUGGUUCUCCCCAGAGUUGCGCCUGCCCUGCAGAGACUGGCACCCCACUCUCCUAUCUCCAGUGGGUCUACCACAGAUGUUUGCCAAAAAGUCGAACGUUUAUUGGUGGCUCAGAUGGCACUGUGGCCCAGUGGGAGAGGCAGGAGUCACCAGUGUUCUUGUUUGGGCCUUGCCACCGGCCAGGGUGACUGUGGCUAUGUUGUCAAAGGCCUCUGUUUCCGCAGUCGUAGACUAAGAGGUGGUCUCGAUUUCUGAGUCAUCUGACUCUUCACCCUGGAAUUCCCAGGCCAAUUUACCAGCACCAAACUGAUUUCCAUGCAGAAUCUUGAAGGCCUCUGGGGACCCCUUUCCUGCUGCCAGUCUGUCCUUGCUGCCUUCUGAAGAUCCCUGUCCCCAUCCGUUUCUGUCCCCUCUCCUCAGUUUUAGGCAAGUUGCUUGGAGGCAGAAGCAGCCAAGGACUGAUCCCAGGCACUUUCUAUAGCAAAUAAGCUGUGAAUUCUGACUUAUCUUGCCCUACUUCCAGCAGUAUAUGCCUCCCCUCUGACUAGUUUGGAGGUGACUGAAGAAAGACAAGGGCCAAGAUGCUGCUGCUUCUGACCCUCCUCUCUGGAGCGGAGUGGGAGAGGAGCUGGGUCAGUGUGCCACACUUCAUACCCGUGCAGGCACGGAAAGCUACUGGCACCCCCUUCAGGCCUCAGACCCCUCUCUGCAAAGAGACUGGGCAGGAGGGAAAGGGCCCCAGCAUUAGGAUUUGGGUUCUGGAGGAGACAUGAUAACUCUGUGACUGUCCCCUGGAUGGGUGGGAAGGGUAUCCAGUGUUCAAGUGCAGAAAUCUUUGGCUUUGCUACCAGUUCCGUAUGACGACAAAUAAAGGUUCACCGAGGUUUGGUUUUGUACUUCUUGUUAAUGGUCUCUUUCUACUUCCUGGGGGCCGUGGUUCACUUCCUAGCACAAACAGGGAGCUGCAAUCGCAUCAUGAACUUGACCUGCUACCCUUGCUCUGCCAGGCCCUUGUACCCAGUGACUACAGGUUUGGGAAUGGUUGGCAUUGAAAGUACUUCUGUCCCUUGGGUAUCCAUCUGUAGCUGGCUCGGUGUUAUGGAAUAAUAAUGACCGUGUUAUUUUUCUGACAAAACCUGGCCCUGUGCUGGCUACUUGGAGGUCAUUUCUCUCAACCUGCAGCACUCCUGCAAAAGAACUGAGACUCAAAGGUGAAAUGACAUUGCCAGGGCCACAGCUAGUCAGUGGUGGAGCCAGGAUCCCAACCUGGGUCUGCUUGACCCUGAGGCCUUGGCAUUUUACCUUGGUGCUUUUACCACUACUGGGCUCACCUGGAGCGAGGAAGGCUGUUUGAGAAUCUCUGGGGAGACCUCUAGUGUCCUCUGCCCCACCACACUGUGCCUACCUGCUUCUGAUCCUUCCCUCUCCAGCACCAAGGAGACAGAACCAGGCAUCGGGUUAGAUGUGACCCCCAAGUUGUACCAGUGCCACUUAGUAGCUGUGUGACUUUGGUCAAGUUUCUUAACUUCUCUGAACACCAGGAACUAGUGAGCUUACCAGGAAAACCACAUCAUGACUUAAGAGCUAAGCCUUCUUCCACUUCCUCUAAAUACCCUGCUAUUAUACAAUGACAGCUGGAUUUCCUACAGGAAGCUCUCCCUGAUUGACUCCUCAUCCCUUUUCCCUUUGAGGUACUUCAUUUUUGCCGUAUUCCUUUACACUUACUCUUCCUUCUAGAAUCAUUUGAGAGGGUGUGAAAGUGAAUCAGGCUUGGAGUUCAAAAAUCAGAUUCUAGUCCUGAUUUUGCCACUUAUUAGUCAAGGGGCCCCAGAGGAUUGAUUAAUCUCAUUGUGCCAAACAUUUCCUCAGCCAUAAAGAUGGUGGUAAAAUGUUUACCUUGCCUAUUGUACCUAAAGAUAAUGGAUGUGUAAGCUAUAAGGUGCUGAAGGGGUGCAAGGAAUGUGGAAGCUUGAUACUUCUGCUUCUCCCAGAGCCGUGUCUUCAUUUCUUUCCCAGACAGCAUUUACUGAAUGUGAUUGUGCCAGACGUUUUCAAAAUUAAUCUCUUACUCUUUACAACAACGCUGGGAGAAAGGGGUGGUGUUCCCAUUUUGCAGAUAUGGAAAUGGACCCUCAAGUGAAAGUCUAGGGAAUGCCAACGUAACAGACAGAGGUUCAAAUUCUAGCAUGAACAUUUAAUGUCUGUUUAUGCAAAUUACUUUAAUCCUCCCUUACAUUCUCUAUCUUUGGGAAGGAAUGAAUACCUAGGUCUUGGAGGUUGUGAGGAUUAAAUAAUGCAUGAAAACCACCUAGCACUGUUCAGGUAACCUGGCACCUAGCAUUAGUGAGCCGUUCAGUAUGCCCAGGGUCGAGCUGCUGAACUAGGAUUUGAAUCCUUGUCAGUCUGAUUCCAGAGCUCUUUGUUUUGCAUUGUUUUUGUCCCCAAAUUCCCUAGGCCUUUGAUCUGCAUAUUUUUUUAUCUUGUUCAUUUCCAUGGGCAUGUGGAAUUGAAAAUGCUAGGCUCCAGAUUCUGUCUAAUCUGUCUUAUCCUUCUGCAGCCUGCAACCCAGGACCUGGGCACACCUAAAAUGCAAAGUUUGGAGUUUAGGGGAAGUUGCUGAUGGCUAGAUUCUUUGUCUCGUUUUUGAAGCCGAGCUUGGUUUGAGAGUGGAUAGAAAAAGGAGCUGGAUGGGCCUCCAGCAAGUUUGAAAGGUUCACCUGAGUCCUGGACAGGUGGAAUGGAGCAGUGCUUCACAAACUUUUAUGUGCCUUAGAAGGUGGUUGAAGGUGGAGAUUGGAAAUUUGCAUUUUUAACAGGCUCCCUGGUGUUCUGAUGCCAUGGUUAUUUCUUUCACUCAGCAGAUGUUGAGCACCUAAUAUGUACCAUGCCCUGAUAUAGCACUGAACAGGACAGGCAUGUUCCUGCCCUCUUAGGAUUCACCAUUUAGUGGAAAACAUAGACAUGGGAUCGUUACACAACUAAUUAUUUAAAUUACAAUUGUGAUCAGCACCUCAAAGGAGAAAUACGAAGUGCUGUAAGAGCAUUUAUUAGUUUCUCAAACCUAGCAGCAGAGACCUUUCCUCCAAGGAAGUAUGUUGGACUUCUACAGAAGCUGAAACACAUCCAAGAAGAAAAUUUCCUACCCACUGAAGCACCUUCUGGGAACCUGAGAGCUCCGUGGAACAGAAUUAGAAAACUACUAAUCUCCAGUUCUCUGUAGUGGAUGCUGUGGUGGGCUACAUAGAUGGAGGCACUCAUUCCUUCCCCCGACCCCGAGCUCCACUGUUGGCUGCUGAAAGAUUUCAGCUGAGCCCCUCUCUGGUUGAAAGGAGCUACCUAGCUCAAGGUUUUGCCCCCUACAGGCAGUCUACCUCCAAUAGUUGGUUGAUUGGAGAUGGGUAUACAGAGACCUGGCUCCUUUGCCUCCAUUUGAAACAACUCCAAAGGAUUAUCCCAGUUCCAGAGCUCCAUGUAGGAUUAAGUGAGGCCUCUGUUACAGCUUCAUUACAGCCCAACUUCUCCUUUUGUCCAGUCUUGCUUCUCAUUCUUCUAUGACCUUGAUCCCCAAUAAACCUCCUGUAUGUAAAUUUCUAUCUCAGAGUCUGAUUACCAGUAUACUUGACCUAAGAUACCCUCUUAUGACAGAUGGUGAAACUGAAGACCAGAGAGGGGAAAUGACUUGCUCGAGGUUUCACAAGCCUGUACCUUCGUAGUUUGUCACCCCCUGUCCCAGAGUCCUAUAACUUCUCUCUCCACUUUCUCUUCCUGAGGUUGGAGGUAACAGCUGCAAUGCUGAGAGAGGCAGAAUACAGUCUCACUCCCAUCUCCACCCAUAUGGCUGGAGGCCUCGGGCAAGUCACUUCCCUCUCUGGGGAGAAGGUCAAGUACACAGUCUGUGUGCCCCAUUUUCUUUCAGAUCCGCCUGGGCGUGGUGCCCCCGGUCCUGCAAGAAACUGUCUCAACUGGUUAUGGCAUCGGAAGCCCUUUGCCUCAUGUCUGAAUCAGCUCUGACCCUGCGAUGGGUUCCCAUCGAUUCUGUCUCAUUUCUGAGUAUCCAAACUCACAUUUCCAGAAGGAAUGCCUUUUCCUUGUUCCCAUGUCCCGGGCCCUUCCUAAUGCUGACUGUUUGGCAGUAAAUGAGACAGACACAGCCCUGGCCCUCAAGGGCCUUAUAGUCCAGUGGGAAAGACAAACAUCGCACAAAUAAUUGUGAUAAAUCCUGGAGAGAAAAGCACAUGUUGCUACUGAGGGAUACAGCACUCUGGACCUGAAGGGUAAGAAGGGAUUGGCCAAGGAUAGGAGGUGAAAGGAGAGUGUGGAGCAAAGGUUUCUGGCCGAGGAAGCAGCAUGGGAGAAGAUUUGAAGCAGGAAUGAGAAGGCUGCGUGGUAAGGAGAGUGGGAGAAGGGUGAGACUGGAGAAGGGAGCCCAGGGCGGAUCCAGCAGGGCCUUGCAGGGCACAUUAAGAAUUUUGGACUUUGUUCUAUGGACAAAAUAAAGUUUUCAAAGCAAAUUUUGUUGUUUAUUACAAAAUAGAUAAUAUUUAUUAGAAGAGGGAGUGGAGAAGGCAGUAAGACUUAUUUAGGAUUCCCAAUGUGGUGCAGUGACAUUUUAGCUCUUCAACACUUCAAAGAGGUCCUUUGCAGAGGAUUUACCCAAUGCAAUGCAUCUUUCGAUUUCUUGACUGCUGCUUCCAUGGCUCUUGAGUAUGGAUCCAAGUAAAAUGAAAUCCUUGACAACUUCAAUCUUUUCUCCGUUUAUCAUGAUGUUGCUCACUGGUCCAGUUGUGAGGAUUUUUGUUUUCUUUAUGUUGAGGUGUAAUCCAUACUGAAGGCUGCGGUCUUUGAUCUUCAUUAGCAAGUGCUUCAAGUCCUCUUCACUUUCAGCAAGCAAGGUUGUGUCAUUUGCAUAAUGCGGGUUGUUAAUGAAUCUUUCUCCAAUCCUGAUGCUACUUUCUUCUUCAUAUAGUCCAGCUUCUCGGAUUAUUUGCUCAAUAUACAGAUUGAAUAGGUAUGGUGAAAGGAUACAACCCUGACGCACACCUUUCCUGACUUUAAACCACAUGGUAUUCCCUUGUUCUGUCCGAACAGCCGCCUCUUGAUCUAUGUAA